UGCUUUAAUGAAUAAAAUGAGUGUGAAAUCUCCCCAUAGUAAAGCUCCGCUGAGGUCUUCCAUCACAUCAUGCAGUAUUUAGCCAAUGGGAGGGACUAAAGGCGGGCUUCAUCAUCUGCAGGCGAACAUUCUUCUGUCUACAUUUAAAUUAUGGUCUGAACGAGCAGAUUUUAAACCCCUGCUGUGGAUCUUGGAGCCGCGGCUGUCAUUAAACACCAUAGGCGAGCUGGGACCUUCAACACCCGCGCUAUGGCCGAGCCGGAGGAAGUGAUCGAGCCAGAGGCCGUGCGCUCAGCUGUACCGGCACUCAACAAGAGGCGCUUCUCGCAUGACCGCCACGAUCUUGGUCGAGACGAGUUAGACAGCCUCAUGAAGAGCAGCGAGGGACGUUCUUUCAUAGUCAUCCACCGUCUGUCUGAAAUCAAAGAUGCUGGUGUGCCUUACUUGAUGCCUGAUACUCCUAUUACAUGUAAGGUGGACAACACAGAGAAAUACACCACCCGCUCAAAGGUGCGUGUAGGAACCCUGUACACCUUGCGGCUGACUCAUGGACACUUCCACUGGGUGGUGAAGCGGAAGUACAAACACUUUCAAGAACUUCACAGAGACCUGUACAAACACAAGAUGAUGAUUCACUACUUUCCUCUGAAAAGGUUUGCAAAGGACAGGGAGCAGCUGAGGACCAUGUCGGAGGAAAUGCCCAGCCUGCAGGGGACAUCGCGCACCAGAAGAACCUCAAGCAAAAUGAAAUACCUUGAGGAGUACCUGAAUGAUCUGCUAGAUAACGCUUUCUGCAGAAAUGAUCACAGCAUGCUGGAAUUCCUCUCUGUGGGUCCCCUCUCCUUCGUUACAGAUCUGGGACCUAAAGGCCUGGAAGGGCCGAUCAUGAAGAGGUCAGGAGGUCACCGCAUUCUGGGUCUAAACUGCAUCGGCCACCAUCAGGUCUGUUACCGCUGGUCGCACCGUUGGCUGGUGGUCAAGGACUCCUUCCUCUUGUAUAUGAGCAGAGACAACUCAGAGAUCGACUUUGUGCUACUUUUUGACCCCAAAUUUGACAUCAAAGUGGGGAACAGUCACACGGGCACAGAGUAUGGAGUCUCUAUUGAGAGCUACACGCGGAAUUUGAUCAUUAAAUGCAGCAGCUACAGACAGAGUCAUUGGUGGAGCCAUGAAAUCAGGCGGCUGGCAGAGGACUGCGACUUCCUGAAAGAGCACCGCUUUGGAGGAUUUGCUCCACCACGAGAAGAUACUCUCACUAAAUGGUAUGUCAAUGGGGGAGACUACUUUGCAGACCUGGCUGAUGCCCUUGAAAAAGCCAAGGAGGAGAUUUUCAUCACGGAUUGGUGGCUCAGCCCUGAGAUUUUCCUAAAGAGACCAGCCACUAGCAACCACUGGAGACUGGAUCAUAUCCUGAAACGGAAAGCAGAGCAGGGAGUCAAAGUGUGCGUCCUGCUUUACAAGGAGGUGGAGAUGGCACUUGGUAUCAAUAGCGACUACAGCAAGAGGACUCUGAUGAACAUGCAUCCGAACAUCAAGGUGAUGCGACAUCCAGACCACGUCUCAUCUGCGGUGAUCUUGUGGGCUCACCACGAGAAGAUGGUGGCCAUUGACCAAACGGUGGCGUUUGUUGGGGGGAUUGACCUGGCGUUUGGCAGGUGGGAUGACAGAGAAUAUCGGCUGGCUGAUCUGGGUCAGACGCAGAACGGGCAAAUGGGGGAGCAGCCAAGCAAAGAUGUGACUGACAAUGGUGUAGCUGAUGACCUAAAUGCAGAUAACCAAACAGAAACUGACCUGACGGGUAACACUAAACUGUGGCUUGGCAAGGACUACAGCAACUUCAUCAAAAAGGAUUGGACUCUACUGGACAGGCCUUUUGAAGAUAACAUCGACCGCACCCAAGUUCCACGCAUGCCAUGGCGUGACCUGUCUGCAGCGAUGCACGGCAAAGCUGCCAGGGAUGUCGCCCGGCACUUCAUCCAGCGCUGGGACUUCACAAAGACUUUCAAGACCAAGUACAAGGAUAACUUCUACCCCUACCUGCUCCCCAAGUCUCACACUACCGCUGACUCGCUGCCUUAUACUGUUCCUGGGUCCCAGAGAGCCAAAGUUCAGGUGCUCCGCUCUGCUGACUCUUGGUCAGCUGGAAGCUGUGAAAACUCAAUCCUUCAAGCCUAUAUACACACCAUUGAGACCAGCGAGCACUUCAUCUACAUUGAGAACCAGUUCUUCAUCAGCUGUGCUGAAGACAAGGUCAUCCAAAAUGGGAUUGGUGAUGCGAUUGUGGACCGAAUCCUGCGAGCACACAGAGAGCAGAAGAAGUACCGUGUGUUUGUCGUGAUUCCUUUGCUUCCUGGUUUUGAGGGAGACAUUACCACUGGAGGCGGAAAUGCAAUUCAAGCCAUUAUGCACUUCACUUACAGGACAAUGUGCCGUGGGGAGCACUCUAUCCUGGCGAGGCUUAGAGAAGUAAAGGACCAGUGGACAGAGUACAUCACCUUCUGUGGCCUCAGGACUCAUUCCUGGCUCUCUGGGUUCAAUGUCACAGAGCUGAUCUAUGUUCACAGCAAGGCGCUCAUCGCUGAUGACCGCCGCUAUAUAAUUGGAUCGGCCAACAUUAAUGACCGCAGCAUGCUGGGCAGCCGAGAUAGUGAGCUGGCUGUGUUUGUGGAGGAUCAAGAAAGGGUCCCGUCCAUCAUGGGAGGACAGGAAUACGAGGCGGGACCGCUCGCCCUUGCUCUGCGGAAAGAGUGCUUCAGGGUUGUGGUUGGAGCAACUUCAGACCCCAGCAUCAACAUCGACGAUCCCAUCAGUGACGACUUCUUCUUCGUGACCUGGAAUGAAACGGCUAGACGGAACACCGCUAUUUAUGAGAAGGUUUUUAAAUGCCUCCCAUGCAACAGCGUUCACAACAUGAAUCUGCUAAGGAACUACUGCUGCCAAGAACCGCUCUGCGACGCAGACCCUGCGCGGGCUGCAGAGGAGCUGAAGGCCAUCAGAGGGCUGCUCGUCCACUUUCCUCUGAAAUUCCUGUGCGAGGAAAACCUGCUGCCAUCUCUGAACUGUAAAGAAGGCAUGGCUCCCACAGACCUUUGGACAUAACCCAGAGGCCUGCCCAGACCAGGCCAUAACAACACGAUAGCUGUUCCUAAAAGCCAGCACCCUGACACCAGUCCACGCACUGAGACAGCAGAGCUCAUCCUGGCUCUAUGGAGGGAAAUUGGUUCCUUUAUUUUUGCAAUCAAAAAGGAGGUUUUGUACAUGGAAAUUAAAUUGGUGGGGAAAAAGCCAUCCAGACAUGAAACUUUGUAAAAAGAUUUAAUUGACUUAAUUAUCUUUCAGAUUUCCCCAAGUUUAUUUAAGAGUGCAAUAUUAAACCUGUAAAAAGAAUUUGGCAUAAAAAGACAUUUGAAAAAUGUAUUUGAAGAAAAAAAAAAUAAAAAUAAAAAAAUUUGAGAAAACCGUUAGGUUACCCUCAAAACCUUUGUUGGAUAAAAAAAAA